AUAAAUUUGGGUGCUAGCUAUCAGUUUCGCAGUAGAAAGCACACUAGCAUCAGCUAAUCCUGCAAGAUGAGAAAGAUUUUCCUAUUGAUUGCCCUGGCGUAUUUUGGGAUUUCGAAUGGAUCCCCAAAUUUUGGCUUGACACCCAAACUUAAUCCAACGACUGGAAUAACGUCUGGGCUUUCAACAUUCAUGACAGCUAUAACCACGCUGGCUGGUACUGUUAAAGGUCUGCCAACGACCAGUACUAAUGCUAUGAUUUCUACGGUAAGCACCAACCUGCAGAGUUACGUGAAUGGGCUCGUGGUUGUCGCAGGAUAUUUAAACAAAAACAUCACUGUCGCACUGUCGGAUACAAAAACGGAACCUAGUACGUUGCUUAGCAAUAUAUUUACGUCUCUCGAUGGUAUUUCAACGUACCUAAAUGGGGAUGGCAGUGCAUACCUUAGUGCUAUAUCUUCAGUUCUACCCAGCAGUAGCGCGUUGAACCAAAUAAUGGACCAGAUUAAUAACGUUCAAACAGCGAUGAGUGAUAUUACUCUUGCUUUAUCGAAUUUGCAAACGGCAAUAUAUACCGCUAUUGCGAACGCCGGUACUGCCGCCGCGGUAACGGCAACUCAAGCAAACUCUGCAAUCGACGCUUCUUCCGGUACGGCCAUUAACACAGCCUUCACGACCAUUUCAAAACAGCUUACCAAUAUCACUAACAAUGUGAAAGGAAUGGCCACUGCUGCUGUUUCAACUAACACCUACUUAACGACUAUGGCCACCACUGUUAGCAAAGCAGCCGUGAGCAUCAAUGCGACUCAAGCCACUUUCCUGAGUGCUCUUAACAGUGUUAACGCUACUGCUGUUUCGUUUUUCAGCACUGCCUCAAAAACUGUUGCCAGUGAUUUGAAAUCAGUUGCCACAAAGCUUGCUAUUUACGCAAAGGACUUAAACCUUGGCGCCUACACCACCGCAUGGACUUCUAUCUCUACAACCAUUACCAGCACCAUGAAUUCAAUUUCCUCCAACAAUAUGGAUACCGUUAACUACGGCCUAAGCACAAUAUACAGUCAAGCAGUGCAACUGGUACAGACUGCUUCUGCGUUGUACACCAGUUCGAUUUCCGAUUUGGCGGCUGCUUUGGGAACACAGGUCAUGAGCCUAGGAACAACGGGAGCUGCUUGCAGUGCCAAAUAUUCUGCCUCUAUCACCACCGCGUUAUCUACAGCCCAGACCGCUAUUGGAUCAUGCCUUCAAUCGGAACAAACGAAAGCGGCUGCCAUUAUGGACAUCAUUGUCCGUUUGCAACAAAUGGCGAUUGGUAGUCACCAAAAUAUUAUCGCCCUCAUCGGAAGCUGUGGUUCCUACACAAACUUCGCUAGUGUUCCCCUCUCCUACCAACAAGCACUGGCAUGCCUACAAACGAUGAUACCAAGCGCAGACACUGUUACAGUGCUGUAUUCUACGUUAGUCCAACCGGAAUUCGAUACAGCAGCUUCGUUACUUGCUGUGGAAGCCAGCAUGUCUCAAGCACGACUUAACGAAUGCCUUACACUGGCAAGUAGCGUUUUCAGUGCUCAAACAACAACACUGAGCACCUUGAUUGGCAACUGUACCUAAGCCGAUGCCUUUCAAAGGAAAGAGUUGUUCUAUGUAAUCAACCAAAUAAUCGAAAUAAUAAAAGUCCACUCAUCGAAAA